CUCCCAAAAGUCUAGCCAACCUGGCGAGUAUACCGUUCAGAUUCAAGGCCGGUGGCAGCAUGGCGCCUAUUGACCACCACCACCGGAGCACGACGAAGGCGAUCCAGAAGGGAUUCAAGUCUCGACAUGCCUCGAAAAGUGCAUUGAGGGAUCGGUCGAAAGGUAAAAUUGAGGCCGAGAAAGGCGUACGAAAGACGCCACACCAACAAGUCAUGUCCAAACUCGACCGACGGAACCAAGCGAAGCAGAAGCGCCUCACGAACCAUAGCGAACACCUCAAGGCCACCGGUGUGUUCUCCGGACGAGAUGGUGCGCCCCGAAUUGUUGCGAUCGUACCUCUGUGCGCGAACCUCUCGUCGGCUGCCGCCGUCCGAAGUCUGAACUUGGGCGUAGACUUAGAAGUGGAGGUGCCAGAGGAGGGCUGGGUACGGACAAACAUCGAGCGAUUCAAGCAGAAGGUAGCAUACAUAAUGGUGAAGAGGGAUCUUCUAGCUGCUCUUGACGCUUGCAGAAUUGCAGACUAUGUGGUCUUUGUGCUCUCGCCGGGGGAAGAGGUGGAUGCGGAAGGAGAGCACCUUCUUAGGGCAAUAGAGAGUCAGGGAUUGUCGAAUUGUUUCACGGUAGUUCAGGGGUUAGAUGCUGUCGAACCGCCAAAACGGAGGACACAAAUCGCUACCUCGCUACUUUCAUAUAUCAAUCAUUUCCUACCUGCGAUAGAGAAGGUCUUUUCCUUGGAUUCUCGACAAGAAUCUGCCAACCUAGUACGGUCUCUCUGCACCACGAUACCGAAAGGAAUUAGUUGGAGGGAACAACGGUCGUGGAUGAUGGUAGAGGAUGUUCAAUGGCAAGGCGGAAAGUCUGCUAUGACCGAUGGUGCAACAGGAGAGGUGGUUCUGACUGGCGUAGUAAGGGGGAGGGGUCUGAACGCAGACAAAUUAGUGACUGUUGGAGACUGGGGUGAUUUCCAGGUCGAUAAGAUCACUGCAGCACCACUGGCAUCAAAAAAGCGUAACGGCGAGGUGGAGAUGGAGGAUGCGGAACCAGCUUUGCUACAGGAGCCCACAGCUGAUCAAGAAGGUCUAGAAGAGCUAGCACCAGAAGAGGCGGUAAUGGAAGAUGCAUCGAACUACCCUAUGUCGAUUGCACCAUCCGAGAAGAAAGGAGUUUUACUUGACGAUCACCAUUAUUUCUCGGACGAGUAUGAAGAUAUUGCCUAUGGGCAGAAGCCGAAACGACUCCCAAAGGGAACAUCGAAAUAUCAAUCAGCUUGGUAUUUGGAUGAUGUUUCGGACUCUGGGUCAGAUUUGGAGGACGCCGAAGAAGAUGAAGAAGGCGAUUUCAACAUGGAGGGCACAGCAAAUCCCGCCGAUGGUGUUGAGGGAAUGGAUCCCAAUGGACCAGAACCUACUGAAGGCGCUCCGACAACAUAUGCACAGUCGGAGAUGUUUUUAGAUCCCUCUCCAGAGGAUGAGGCUGAACAGCUAGCCGAGUACCGAAGGACGCGGAAAGAUGAAGCUGAGGAGGAUCUUGAGUUCCCAGACGAGAUUGAACUUCCUCCAAAUGUUCUUGCCAGAGAGCGUCUGGCCAGGUACAGAGGAUUGAAGAGCUUGCGGACCAGUCACUGGGAGACUGAUGAAGACAAGCCGCAUGAACCCUCAGAAUGGCCACGUCUCUUGGAGGUGAAGGACUUCAAAGGAGCUGUAAAGAAGGUGCUACGAGAAACCUUGGUCGGAGGUGUGGCGCCUGGCACUCGUGUCAAUGUUCAUCUCAAAAAUGUACCGCUGUCAUUCCAGCAUUCGUACAACCCUUCUCGUAUUCUGUCAAUGUUCUCGCUUCUCCGACACGAGCAUAAGCGCACUUCUAUCAACUACAGCAUAACCCUAAGCUCCAGCUACCCGGUCCCGGUCAAGUCGAAAACCGAGUUCGUAGUCCAAUGUGGACCACGAAGAAUGGUCAUCAAGCCCAUCUUUUCAGCAGCGGGCAACUCGCCCAACGACGUCCACAAAUUCGACCGCUACCUCCAUCCUGGUCGGAACGCCAUUGCUUCUUUCAUAGGGCCAUUAACAUGGGGUUCAGUUCCUGCACUAUACUUUGAGCGAGUCGUCCCAUCAGACCCAGAAGAUGUUACACCGCAAUCACUCAACCUAGUUGCGACUGGAACAUCACUCGCGCCAUCCACAAACAGAGUCGUCACCAAACGGAUCAUUCUCACUGGACAUCCAUACAAGAUCCACAAGAAGCUGGUAACUGUGCGGUACAUGUUCUUCAACUCGGAGGACGUGGCGUGGUUCAAAGCACUGCAACUUUGGACGAAGAGGGGUAGGAGCGGCUUUAUUCGUGAAAGUCUGGGUACGCAUGGGUACUUCAAGGCCACUUUCGAUGGGAAGAUCAAUCCUCUGGAUGCAGUCGCUUGCUCGCUGUACAAACGGGUCUGGCCAAGGUCUUCAGCGCCGUUCCAAGAGUAGGGGUCUUGUUUGAUUGGAGGGGUGUUUUCGGCGCUUGUUGAUAAAUUAGGCUGGUUGCGGAUGCUCCCGGGGGCUCCGAUUACGAGAGAUGAUAGCUGCUUCACGCAUUAUGAAGAUGUCAUACACUUGAGGAGACCAUAAAUUGGUGGAAUUUACCCCGGAAUAGAUCCAGAUGUGUUCCGUCUUUGAUCUGGCAUAGCAUACUCCGUUCCGCUAGCCAUAUACCGUUCUGUGCGAACGAUGGUAGCAGCCAUUCCAAC